UGAUAACUUGUACCAGAUGGCCUCUCAGCUGGAGUGUGUAGCGUGGAACCCUGCUAACACACUGUCCACCAUCAAAAGUCAUGGGACAGGAUAUGAGAGUGACCCCACGGCCCCCCCUCCUCCGGUGGUCCUCAGCUGUAGUGCCCAGUACCACAUCCACACACACGGCCUCUACAGAGGACUACAGGAUGUGCGGAGGGUGCCUGGUAUCACACCGUCUGUGGUGAGGUCAUCAGAGACCAAUGAGAAGCGUCCGUUUGUGUGUGCCUACCUCGGCUGCAAUAAGAGAUACUUCAAACUUUCCCACCUGCAGAUGCAUGGCAGGAAACACACGGGAGAAAAGCCGUAUCAGUGUGACUUCACAGACUGUGGACGGAGAUUCUCCAGAUCAGAUCAACUGAAGAGACACCAACGCAGACACACAGGAGUGAAACCAUUCCAGUGUGAGACGUGUCAGAGAAAGUUUUCACGGUCAGACCAUCUUAAGACACACACUCGGACACAUACAGGUAAAACAAGUGAGAAGCCCUUUACAUGCCGCUGGUCCAGCUGUCAGAAGAAGUUUGCCAGGUCUGAUGAGUUAGUUCGCCACCACAGCAUGCACCAGAGGAACCUGAUCAAAUUACAGUCUGCCAUUUGACCAGUACUAAACCGGUUUGGACUGGACAGGACUGGAUUGGACCGUACCAAACGCAUAGCCAUCUGAGCAACAAUGAUGACUGGACCUAAGCCCACCGAGUGCCAUAAGUGGAAAGUACAACUCAAAUAUGGCCUCUAUUGCUCCAACUAAAGAACAUAGUUUCACCAUGCACCCCUUUGGAUGGAAGACGAAUAGAUCAAUGCCACCUCAGAUUUAUGUCACAUCAGCCAAUGAACAUCAACAGUUACUGUAGCUUCAACCCCUGAUAACCCAGCACUAGGAUUCCCUGUUUUUAUUGUUAUAAAUCAAAUAGUUGAUAUUUUUCUUAUGUGCACAACCAGCUUCAUCCUGAGACAUGAUUAAGAAUCUGCUGUCUGGGUGAGAAGAACAUCAAUUGUUAUUAUUUUGUUGUUGUAUUAUAAUUGCACUGGCUUUAUGUUCAUUUUUCUGCCAUAAAUGUUUUACUACAGAUGUAGGAUCUUAAUUUGAGACGGUUUGCUACAGCAAGAAAAUAAUACGGCAGCGACAGGAAAUGGGAAUUAUUAUGUGGAUUAUAAUUAAUAGACAUUUAAGUAGGGGUUGAUAUAUGUUUUGUAAGGGAAAAUCAAGUCUGAAAUUUCAAAUUGGAAAUUAUAAACUUCAGAAGCCUUUUAAAACCUCCAACAAUUUUGACAUUUCCUGCAUAUCAAAUUAAGAUCCUAGACCUGUAUGUACUGGAGCUAGACCAUGUAAACUGGAGUUAGGAAACAGACAAUGUCACUCUAUGUCCAACGAGACAAUGAGUAAAACAGAAAAUGAUGCUGUGAUUGCUGGAGGAAAUGUGUACAUGAGUUUUAUGUGCCUACAGUGUAAAAUGUCACUUCCUUUGUGUAUAUAUGACUCAUUGCUAUUCUUUUUAAACAGUCGUUUUGUAUUUUUGUACUGUUCAAAUGUAUUAAAUGUUGAUCUUUUGGUCA